AUGGAACACAGCAACUCCAAUCAUGUGGGAUCCAUGUCUGCAGCAGGCUCCGCGCGGAUUCAAAUCGGCAAUACCUCCACAAUCAACAACACGACAAACAACUUCUCCCAGACUGAUAACAAGAAAUGCCUAAAGGCACUGUGUUCAACAGAUCCUCGCCACGACAAGAUUCGCAUCGAACAGACUAACGGGGGUCUAUUGAAGGACUCUUAUCGCUGGGUCCUGCAGAGCCCUGAGUAUCAGCGUUGGUGUGACCCAAAAGAAAACCAUCCACUCCUUUGGAUCAGGGGCGAUCCUGGCAAGGGCAAGACGAUGUUACUUUCGGGCAUCAUCAAUGAGCAGGAACCUUCUACCAGACUGGAAAAUUCGGAGACUGACACAUCGCUGUCCUACUUCUUUUGCCAAGCAACCAAUCCGGGUCUCAACAAUGCUACGGCAAUCCUAAGAGGGCUUGCAUACCUGCUCGUGAAGCAACAACCAUGCCUCAUCUCCUAUGUACGCGAUAAAGCAUCUCUGAAUCCUGAGCACUGGAACUCCGGAGUGGCCAUCAGAGAUAUUCUUUCCAAGAUCUUGGGAGACUCAGCUCUCCAAAAUGUCAUCUUUGUCGUCGAUGCCUUAGACGAGUGUGUCACAGACCUCGAGCUUCUUCUCGACUUUAUCAGUUCAACUACAUCCACGAAGGUUAGAUGGCUUGUCAGCAGUCGCAACAUUUGGGAGAUUGAGCAACGCCUCAAACAGACUCAGACGAAACUCGCUCUAUCGUUGGAGCUCAACGCAGAAUCGGUUUCACAGGCUGUCAACUACUACAUCAAACACCGUGUGCAUGAUCUGGGCGUUACGAAAGACUUUAGAAGUGAAGACCUGAGGCUUGCAAAACGCUACUUGUCGCAGAAUGCGCAUGGCACCUUCUUGUGGGUGGCCUUGGUCUGUCAACAGCUUGAGAGGAGCGAUCCUUGGGAAGUUAAAGACUACCUCGAGCUCUUCCCCGCGGGCCUGAACGAGCUGUACGGAAGAAUGAUGGAUACGAUCCGCUCUCCAGUCAGCUCGGAUCUCUACAUUAGGAUUCUUGCUACCAUUUUCACUGUUUAUCGCCCAAUAUCCCUUUCCGAGCUGAUGGCCAUCCAGAACAUACCCGGAGAUGAAGACAUGCUCCCCAAGAUCAUAAUGAAGUGUGGCUGUUUCCUGACCGUCAGAGGCGGGACCAUUUACUUUGUCCAUCAGUCGGCAAAAGACUUCUUGGCCAAACAACAGGAUAUCCUUUUCCCCGCUGGUAUUACCCGACACCAUCUCGGGCUCUUUAACGCAUCUCUUAACAGCCUUGACGUCCUUAAAAUGGAUAUGGAUGACCAAGUUGAUCCUGGCAUUUGCCUCGCCUACUCCUGCAAGUUCUGGGCGCAUCAUCUACGUGAUGCUCAGCUCAUUCGCGCCCAGGACACACCACAAUACAACAGGGUCCAUCAAUUCAUUGCCGAAAAAUUCCUGUUCUGGCUGGAAGCACUCAGUCGGCUCUACAGCUUGCCGGCAGCGAUGAAAACUCUUCAUAUUCUCAAGGAUCUACCACUUAUAUACUAUUCUGGCCUAAUAUUCAGCCCGGAAGAAAGUUUAAUACGUCGCCACUUUGAACACUGCAGUCCCAAGUUUGUGGUAAAGAAGUCUCGAGUUGACUCGCAUUGGCGCACAUACUUUAACACUGAAUGGCAUUGCGACCUGACAUUCUCGACAGACAACAAGUCAAUGGUUACGACUAGUUGCAGUAAGCUGACCAAAUGGAAAGUCAGCGAUGGCACGGAGAUCAUGAGCGUUCAAUGUCAUGAGCUGGACUUCGUAACACCGUCGCCAAACCUGAAUUGGUUUGCUGGUGUGGCUACCCGCCGGCAGUCUCCCGAUGAGUUUAACGUACAUACUCUUCAAGUCCUCGGCUUCGAUUCAAACUGUACCGAGUGGAGCAAAGAUCUUGACAAUCGUCAAGUCAUGGGGAUGAAGUUUUCGCCCGACAGCCAGUGGUUAGCAGUAUGCUUUGACGAAGAGUUAGUGCUUUGGGGUUUUGAAAAGGGCAAUUGGAAAAGGUGGCCUCUCGGGGUUUCCUUUGAAGAACAUAACCAAAAAAUCGAAUUUUCUCCAGACAGCGCCCUAGUUGCCAUUUUUGGAUAUCCGGACAUGCCCUUGGGGGGUAUUGUGGUCCUUGAUGUCCGAACGGGUGAGCAGCACAGGAACCCCAAUGCAGGGACUGGGGAGAUCCAGUCUGUGGUAUUUAUCCCCAACACUCACGAGAUCAUGAUGUGCAGCAAGAGCGGCGUAUGGUCAUGGGAUAUUGUCAGGGGGGAAUGCCAAGAAUGGCUCAGAUUCGGUGACUUGAUCAGGGAGAUCGCUUCUUCACAUGACGCCUCCUGGGUGGCCCUGGCAUCGAGUACCACAGUUUUCUUAUACGGGAAACAGAACCAGGAGUUGCUGCAACAUUUUGAAAUAUCGACGAAGCAUGGCAUUUCUUCAAUCGCUGUAUCUUUUGACGACCAGCGACUGGCAGUUCGCGCCCAGGAAACCGUUUGGGUCUGUGAUAUUGCAUCGGCAAUCUCGAGCCAAACCCGCCCCGACCCGGUCGCCGUUAAGAAAGUGUUUAUUUCGGACAACAGGUGUUUGAUGGCUUGGGCCCUUGAAAUGAAGAUUCAGAUAUUGGAUGCAACCACAGGCAUCCAUAAAUGCGAGUUCGACAUGCCUUGGUCCUGGGACGCCCAGUCCUUGGAACCUGGUUCCACUAACAAUUUGGUGGCAUUUUCAUCUAACGGUCAAAUGCUUGCCGCAAGUUCUUCGCCGUCGAGUUCUUCGUCGCUACUCUCCGUUUGGGACCUGACUGGCCAAAGGUUACUGUAUGAAAUCAAGGUCCCUGAAUCAAUCCGUCAACUGGCGGUUUCUCAUGACGGGAAUAAUCAUGGACUAUGGGUGGGAGCUAUCACAGCACAAACCAUAUACCUCUGGGACGCUGCGAAAACGAGACUGCGAUGGUCUUUGGAACACACCGGUUACAAGGACCCCAUUGCACUACAGUUUUGCGGCAAUAAACUAGCAGUAUUAUGGUCUUCAGGAGAUGGCUGUAGUUUGAUCUAUUACAACGCCACAAACGGAACACAGCUCACGCAUGUCGAACUCCCAAUAUUCAUCUCACGAAAAGAGGGGGAGAUACGAAUGGUUCCACUGCCCAUAGGCAAGUGGUAUAGGGGUCGCCUCUCAUUUCUCAAUGAUUCAACGGUCUUGACUGACCAGGGUAUGGUUGACAUCGACACUGUGAUGGCCGAAGCUGCCAUUGAGACAAACACGCCGCACAACGCCUCCAAAACGACCGGAAUUUCCGAUUCAGCUUUUAUUGAAUAUGGCUGUAAUUAUGGCCGUGAUUGGAUUACAGUGGACGGUUCCCCAUUGAUAUGGUUGCCUCCGUACUACCGCCCAGGAUCUCAUUCCGCUUCCAGGCUCGCAUCAGGGGAACAUCAUUUUGCAACAAAUUGUUUUUCUGGUGUCUUUUUCAUAGAGUUCUCUCAGGACGCGAGGAACUUCCCCGGUUAUGAUCGAGACGAUACAUCAGAAUCAGAAUCAGAAUCAGAAUCAGAAUCAGAAUCAGAAUCAGAAUCAGAAUCAGGAUCAGGAUCAGAAUAG